UCUGUGGGUAUUUUUAACCUAUAAGUUUUUUCCCAUGGUUUUUCGUUAUGGUUUUUCGUAAGGUUUUUCGCUUUUUACUUUGAAAAACUUCAUUUUAUUCAGAGGCAGAAAAUAGGCACAUCAUAUUUUUCCUGUUUUACUCUUUUUUUAUGUGUUAACAGUUCUCUUAAGGAUUUUCUUAAAGUCUGGAAGUUGAUCUUUUAUUGUGCAGACAAACACUUUGAACAUGGAUAAUUCUGAAGAUGAAGCAGCUAAUAAUGUUUCAGAUAUAAAAGAGGAAGAGGAUGAAACAAAACCAUCUACAAGUGGUUCAGUAGAAUUUCCUAGUGAAACGAAAUAUUCUCAUAUUAAAAAUAAACAUGUACGAGUCCAACAGUUUCAAAAAGCCAAAAGAGAACAGAAAAAGGCAAAAAAAGAAGCUAAAAAGAAACGUGAAGUUGAAGGAACACCCAAAAAAGUUCCACAUACUAUUGAGAGUCUUCGAGAGAAAGAUGAAACUACUGUAACUAGUAUUGAUUCCGAAGAAAAUGAGUUAGUUCGAAAUGACUUAGAAAGCGAUGAGUUUAGUGAAUAUUACAAGAAUUCGUAUGAACCAAAAGUUUUGAUUACUUAUGCUGAUAAUCCAAUGAAGAAAACUAGGAUUUUUGGAAGAGAAUUAACAAGAAUAAUUCCCAACUCUACAUCUCUUUACAGAAAUCGUUCUGGAGUUAAAAAAAUUGUUAAAAGUGCAAUUAGCAAAAACUUUACUGAUAUUUUGGUGGUUAAUGAAAAUCGCAAGGAACCUGAUGGUCUUUUAGUAAUACAUUUACCAAAUGGUCCCACUGCACAUUUCAAAUUAAGUAAUGUUAGGAUAACUACAGAGUUAAGAAAGACUCACAAAGAUAUAACAGCUCAUCGGCCAGAAGUGGUGUUGAAUAAUUUUACAACUCGCUUAGGUUUAACAGUUGGAAGAAUGUUGGGGGCCUUGUUCCAUUAUGAUCCGGAGUUUGUCGGACAACGAGCUGUUACUUUUCAUAAUCAAAGAGAUUUUAUAUUCUUUAGACAUUACAGAUAUGGAUUUGACGCAGAGGGUAAAAAAGCCAGAUUAAAAGAAUUGGGUCCUAGAUUCACUCUUAAACUAAAAUCUUUGCAAAAAGGCACAUUUGAUAGUAAAUAUGGUCAAUAUGAAUGGAUUAAAGAUGGCAGGAGACAUAAAAUGGAAACAAGUAGAAGAAAGUUUGAUCUAUGAUUAUUAUAUAUUUGUUUUAAUGUUUUUAAUGAAUUCAUUGAAUUUUUA